CUGGAUUUAUGAUGUCAAAACCAUCUGUGGCUUAACAAGCUGUGUGCAGUGCUCUUGAGGUUUACCUUACCAGUAGCUACUGUAGGUCCAGUUAUUAGUUGUUGAUGCAAUCUUCUAGAUAACCUACUGAAUGGAUGGUAACCAGUUUAUCAAAUAUUGCUGUGGGUGAGGGCAGCACUGUUCCUCCUUGGAUGGCUGUCGGUUGAAGUGAGAUCUCUUUGGACACCUCUCAGUGUUAAUUUUUCAGUAAGAGAAAAGAGCAAAGCUCUUCAAGGAGCUGAGGUCCCAAAUGGUUUCUGAAUUUGGAAUAAAUUAGUCUGAAGGAAGAAGAUAUUCUUUCUACAUCAGCAGAAGAAGUGACUGCUGUUAAAAGUAGAGAUACAGUAGCACAACAUUAACAUAAUUGGGAGGAUGGAGAGAAGGUGGGAUAUGUAUAGCAAAGAAGGUUAAAGAUGGUGUUAGCUUCCAAAUUCUAAAAUAUAGGAAAGGAGAAAGCAAAUCCAGUUACAAAAGAAGAGUAUAAAUGCAAAAAAAGUGAACCAUUUCCUGGCCUGGCUACAACGUAUUGUUAUUUGCACAGUGUUUGGAAACUUGUACUUGUCAGCUUGCCAAUCUAGUUUUUGAUGUACAUCUGAGAGGAUGAACAAGCCAAAGAGAGGCUUUUUGUUGUACUGGAGAAAUAGUGACUGCUGCCUCGUUUAAAGUAAACUUAAGACUGCAUGCAUUUGCCUGACGAAAUGAAAGAAGUGGCAUUAUGGUCACCUAUAGAGGUGGCAAAUUGGUUGAUGGAGAAUGCUGUGCCAGAAUACUGUGAACCACUGGGAUGUUUCACUGGGCAGGAUUUGAUCAAUCUAACUAAGGAGGAUUUUAAGAAGCCACCUUUAUCACGCGUGUCUUCUGACAAUGGGCAGAGGUUGUUGGACAUGCUUGAAACUUUAAAAAUGGAGCAUCACAUUGAAGCGCACAAAAAUGGGCAUGCCAAUGGGCACCUCAGCAUCAGUACGGAUGUCACCACAAGUGAAAAUCAUUUCAGCACUUUCAAACUAAAUGGAAUGCCAAAUGGAUAUAAGAAGGAGAUGAUAAAGAUCCCCAUGCCAGAGCCAGAACGUACCCAGUAUCCUAUGGAGUGGGGGAAGACUUUCCUGGCUUUUCUUUAUGCACUUUGCUGUUUUAUCUUUACCACAGUGACGAUUUCAGUCGUCCACGAACGAGUGCCUCCCAAGGAGAUGCAGCCUCCUCUACCAGAUGCAUUUUUUGACCAUUUUAACAGAGUGCAAUGGGCCUUUUCUAUUUGUGAAAUUAAUGGCAUGAUCCUUGUAGGACUCUGGUUAAUUCAGUGGCUGCUCUUAAAAUACAAGUCUAUUAUUAGCAGAAGAUUUUUCUGUAUAGUUGGGACACUAUACCUGUAUCGAUGUAUUACAAUGUACGUAACUACACUCCCAGUACCUGGCAUGCAUUUCAAGUGUUCUCCGAAGCUCUUUGGUGAUUGGGAGUCUCACCUGAGGAGGAUAAUGAAAUUGCUUGCCGGUGGGGGGUUGUCUAUCACAGGCUCCCACAACAUGUGCGGUGACUAUCUCUACAGUGGCCACACAGUCAUGUUAACACUUACGUAUUUAUUUAUCAAAGAGUAUUCACCUCGGCGACUUUGGUGGUAUCAUUGGAUUUGCUGGGCUCUAAGCAUCAUUGGGAUGUUCUGUAUUCUCUUGGCUCAUGACCACUACACUGUGGAUGUAGUGGUGGCUUACUACAUCACUACAAGACUUUUCUGGUGGUAUCACACAAUGGCCAAUCAGCAAGUGCUAAAGGAAGCUUCCCAAACUAACCUCCUUGCACGGGUGUGGUGGUACAGGCCCUUCCAGUAUUUUGAAAAGAAUGUUCAAGGAAUUGUACCUCGCUCUUACCAUUGGCCCUUCCCCCGGCCGGUGCUGCACCUGAGUAGGCAAGCUAAAUACAGCAAAUUGGUGAAUGACACAUAACAGCUGUAAACAAUGCGGGGAAGGAACUGUCCAAAGUGUUCAGAACUCCGUGAGAGAAGAUGCCAUACAAAGCGAACUGCUCCCUAAUCCUUUAUCUUUUAACCAUUACCUUGACUUAACCUAUUCAGUUACCUGGUAAGCACUGUGAUCUUUUUUUCUCUCCAAAGGAUCUGCGUUGGACAACAAUAAAGAAAAUUUAACUUAUCAUGCACUGUAUACAUUUCUUGUUAAUAGAUUUGGGAUUUACAUUACCCAUCACCAUGUUCCUUUGUAUAUGAUGCGACAGCAUAAAUGAAAACUUUUAUAUCAUGUUCUGGUCUUUCCAGUCACAUCUGGGAAUAAAAUGUAUUAUUUUCUUGGGAAAACAUACUUUUCAUAUCUCUUGCCCCAAAGAUUGGGCUGUAAGCCAUUUUCUAGCAAAUAUCUAUAUGAAGGUUUCUAAAUACCUGACUGGGGAAAAAUUAAAACUUUCUACCUGUUACACCAAUGUUACGAAUUAAGUGAUAGACACAGAAAGGUUUAGUAACUUUUGAUUUUGUAAAAUCUGCAGUGAGUGUCAAAAAGUGCAAAAAAUAAUAUUCUGUUGUAAAGUGAUUUUUCUAAGUAUUUCCUAACUUUAUUUUUCAAAAUGUGUAUGAAAACUAAAUUUAAAAAGAUUUUUACAUGUCAUAGAAAAGAGAAUUAAAAUAAAAAAUGCUUCUUGGAAGAGAGAGAGAUUUGUCUAUGUUUCUAGUGCCUUUCUUGUCUUGAUUGUAAGGUCAGUAGGCAGUCUUAAAUGUUUUUAUUUAAAAUAAAAUGUUCCUUGAAAACACAAUUAUAUGUACUGUAUACAUUAAUAAAUUUUACAUUUAUAGCUAAAUUAAACUGGAAAUGUACUUAAAUUAUUGAAAUUGCUGUUAGUAGGGAAAAACCAAAUCAAAGACUUGGAUCUUGCUCACACAUUGUGGGCAGGUGUUGUAAAAUUUAAGGUUUAAAUUGUUUUUACUGUCUCCUCAAUAGCUAGAUUUUAACUAUAUCAAAGCAACAGCCAUGGAUCCCUUUUUCAUGAGUUUUGCAGAUGCUCACUAACUUCAAACUGAAUAGUUUUUCCAUCCAUUUGAUAAUUUUGUUGAAAAACAACAAAAAUAAUCUAUUUCUUUAAAAUAUAUUUGUGCAGAAGCUGCAUGUACCUCUAAUUUUCAUUCCUACCAUACAUACUGUAUGUUUGGGGAAGUAUUCUAUGCUAUACUUGCCAAUGUGCAGAACAAAAUAAAUUUUUAAGAAUGAAGAAGAUAAUCCAUUCUGUAUUUUAUGUGAAGCAGAGUUAUCUUCUGUAGGGUUUUUGUGUAUUCACAAAGUGAUAUUUGUAUUGUAAAACAAUAAUGGCGAAGGAAAAUAAAGAGGCUUUUAAAAAUGUAGUUUCCUUUAUCUUUUCAAUAUGCCUUAAGUUAAUUACACUCCCAAAGCUUGUCUUUACUUUUCUUUGUAUUAUUGAAUGGGAGGUCCUCAGA